ACCUCAUCCACUGAAACAAGUCCCACUAUAACCUCCACCUCAUCCACUGAAACAAGUCCCACUAUAACCUCCACCUCAUCCACUGAAACAAGUCCCACUAUAACCUCCACCUCAUCCACUGAAACAAGUCCCACUAUAACCUCCACCUCAUCCACUGAAACAAGUCCCACUAUAACCUCCACCUCAUCCACUGAAACAAGUCCCACUAUAACCUCCACCUCAUCCACUGAAACAAGUCCCACUAUAACCUCCACCUCAUCCACUGAAACAAGUCCCACUAUAACCUCCACCUCAUCCACUGAAACAAGUCCCACUAUAACCUCCACCUCAUCCACUGAAACAAGUCCCACUAUAACCUCCACCUCAUCCACUGAAACAAGUCCCACUAUAACCUCCACCUCAUCCACUGAAACAAGUCCCACUAUAACCUCCACCUCAUCCACUGAAACAAGUCCCACUAUAACCUCCACCUCAUCCACUGAAACAAGUCCCACUAUAACCUCCACCUCAUCCACUGAAACAAGUCCCACUAUAACCUCCACCUCAUCCACUGAAACAAGUCCCACUAUAACCUCCACCUCAUCCACUGAAACAAGUCCCACUAUAACCUCCACCUCAUCCACUGAAACAAGUCCCACUAUAACCUCCACCUCAUCCACUGAAACAAGUCCCACUAUAACCUCCACCUCAUCCACUGAAACAAGUCCCACUAUAACCUCCACCUCAUCCACUGAAACAAGUCCCACUAUAACCUCCACCUCAUCCACUGAAACAAGUCCCACUAUAACCUCCACCUCAUCCACUGAAACAAGUCCCACUAACCGCCACCUCAUCCACUGAAACAAGUCCCACUAUAACCUCCACCUCAUCCACUGAAACAAGUCCCACUAUAACCUCCACCUCAUCCACUGAAACAAGUCCCACUAUAACCUCCACCUCAUCCACUGAAACAAGUCCCACUAUAACCUCCACCUCAUCCACUGAAACAAGUCCCACUAUAACCUCCACCUCAUCCACUGAAACAAGUCCCACUAUAACCUCCACCUCAUCCACUGAAACAAGUCCCACUAUAACCUCCACCUCAUCCAC